AUGGCCUCUGGCAUAAACAAGAUUCAUCAGCCCGGGACUUGCCAGGGAUCUAAAGCCGCUCGCAGGGAUCUAAAGCCGCAAAUGCACAUGAAAAUGUGCAAGAAGAUUGCCCAGCUCACCAAGGUGAUAUAUGCCCUGAACACUAAGAAUGAUGAGCAUGAGGCUAGUAUACAAGCUCUGAGGGAGGCUCAUGAAGAAGAAAUUCAACACAUUCUUGCUGAGACAACGGAAACGAUUCUCCAGUGUAAAAGCAAAGUUGAAGAAGAACAAUUGCUCAGAAAACGUAUUCAGGCCCUUGAAAUUGCUGUAGAACAGCAUAAGAGACUAAAGGAAGCAGCCUUGGCAGAAUUAACAUUGUUCAAGAAGCAGGUGGAAGAGAUGGAGCCAAGAACAGAAAUCAAACAAGGACAGACAGUCCUUUCCCCAGCCAUGGUAGAUACCAAUGCAGAGUUUCAAAACAAGAUUCUAAAUUUAAAUCAGGAGUCUGAUGGACUGCUAAAUGAAUGCAAAGCACCUAGGAGAGCAAAUUUAGAUAAAAAAAUAAUUUUAGAUAAAAAAUACAGUGUGGAAGGACACGCUGUAAUAAAUGGAAUGGAAAACCUAAAGAGUGAGGACCAGAGAGCAACUGAAGAAUAUACUCAGAAAACAAGCAAACUGCAAGACUCUUAUAGGAGAGAAAAAGAGGAUUUGAAAAAUGCGAUGCAUCAAUCUGUGUUAGAAACAAAGAAGAGUUGUCAAAAAAGAGAAGUGGAGCAAAGUAAGAGCUCAGAGGUUGAGGAAGGCUUUUUGCUGCAGCAGGUAAAGAAGCUGGAGGCAGACCUAGAGGAGAAAAGCCAGAAGAUAAAUGAGAGGAAGAAGCAUUCGCAGAAGCUGAAGGAGAGAAUACAGGAACUCCAGGCACAGCUAGAGGAGUUUAAAAGAAAAUCUGAGUGUGAACUAAAGCAACUAGAGAAAGAGAAAGAAGUCCUAACUGGGAAACUUCAAAAUUCUUCAAUUGAGGUUUUGAGGCUCCAAGAUUUUAUUAAGCAAAAUGAGGAUGUUCCCAAAUAUACAGGACAGAGAGAAACAGAACAACAGGAUUUAGAAAAGGCAAGAGACAUAAACGUUUUGCAGGAGGCAUGGCAGAACAAAACCAGCAGACUUGAAAGUCAGAUAAAGCAGAUGAAGCAAAUAUUAGAUCAACAAGCAAAUGAUUUUAAGGAGUCACUGAAGAAACAUACUCUACAGUCCAACAAAGAAAAAGAGAAGCUUUUGCAAGAUCUUCAAAAUACCAUUAAAGAAAACCAGAAUGUUAAACUGCAGCUGGAGGCAUCACAUCAAAAAGUCUUAAAAAUGUUGGAGAGAAGCAAAAAUCAAGAACUCAAGGAGGCAGAAGAACGUCUGAAAAAGGAAUUUAAUGAGACUUUCAAGAUCCAACAUCAGUCUCAUAGGCUGGAAAUGCAAACAUUGGAAGAGAAAGCAAAGAAAGAAUUACAUGAUGAACUCGAGCAGAUACAGAAGCAGCAAACCCUGUUGUUAGGAUCUCUAAGGAUGGAACUCUCUGAGCAACAGACAUCAUGCACUAACCUCAAAAAACAAAUAGAGGAACUCCAAAUGGAGCUGAGGAGUGUGAGGACACUGAAGAAGCAACAGGAAGGAAGUAGCCAGAGUCAGAUCAGAUCUCUUCAUGACGAACUGGAAAAAUGUCAGAGUGAAAUUUCUGAACUCAAGAAAGAGAAUUUACUUUUGAAGGAUACAAUGGAGCUACUCAGUGCUGAGCUGGAGUCGCAGAAGCAAGAAGCUACACAGCUUCAGGAUAGGGAGAAACAGCACAGAAGAUUUAAAGAAUUAGAAGAAAAGCCAAGAAAAUGGGAGUCCAGAUCAGAAGAUACACACCUUAUAAGCUGUCUGCAAGACAAGUUAAGUGAGAGGGAAGACAUUAUCAAGCAGCUGGUGGAAGGAAGAAAAUUUCAGCAUUCACUUUCAGCCAACAGUGAAUCUUACAGGAAUCGAUCCUUUUCUUUCAACCCUAAUACAGGAUGCUUGACUCCUUCCAUGAAGCAGAAGAGAAUGGUUGAGGUACCCAGUCGUGUUGUCAGUGUUCCGAAUUUAGCUUCCUACGCGAAGAGCUUUUUGAGCUGUGACUUGAGAUCAAAAAGAAGUGCUCCUCAAAUAACAAAAUCUACAAGCUUAGACCGGAGUCCUGGCUGCCUCAGGGUGGGCUCUCCAUCAGCACAGUCCUCAGACAGCAGUGCUGCCACAAGGCAGAUGGUGCUGAUCGCUGCCAAAGACAAUAACCGAGGACGCAGGCUUGGAUCCAGUUUGGCAACUGCUACAUCUUACAGAUAA